AAAGAUAGCUUUUCGUUUUGCAGUUUCCCUCUCCUUUAUUCUUGCAGCAGCCCUUUGGAUUCUGUAAGCUACUAUAAGCAUGGCAAAAGAAGCUGAGUUAAAGAAGAUCGAACUGAGGGUUUCGGUCAAUUGCUGUGACGGUUGCAAGAGGAAAGUUAAGAAGGCCUUGCAGGGCGUUGAAGGAGUGUUGAAGACAGAAAUCGAUCCUGUGCAGCCCAAAGUGACCGCCUUGGGAAAUGUUGAUGCAAAAAUUUUGAUAAAAAAGCUUCUAAAAGCUGGAAAGCAAGCAGAACUAUGGAGCAAUGAGAAUCAAAACGCCGUCAGGGAAAAGAAAGAAGUAGAAAACAAGCCCACAUCAGAAGAAAAAGCAAAAUCAAAACCCGAGUGUGAACAAGCAAAAGCCACAGACUCAUGCGCCAAAACAACUGAUCUUAAAGCAAGCAACAAUGACGGGGAUGGAAACAUAGAUAAAACUACCAAAAAGGAAACCACUGGAAAUUCCCCCACUUCUGAAGUAACUAAGCCAGAAAUGAAGGGCAUCAUAUAUCCAAACAGUUUGAAUGAUGUUGGUAAUCUCAGAACGAAUAGUCAGUGUUAUUACAUGGUUGAGCCAUGCCCAAUGGCAAUACCAUUUUAUGCAAUACCUUCAUACACAAGUGAUCCUCUUCUUCCAACAUGUUAUGCCCAGCAGUAUCACUGCCCAGAAAGGCCAGUCUUUCACCCAUCAUUCCAGGGCCUGGCAACACAAUUCGGGGAUUAUUUUAGCGACGAUAACACCGUAGGAUGCUCAGUGAUGUAGGUUCUGAGGCGGGGAUUCAAUUUCAAUGGAUUAUUCAUUUGAAGGGAGAAUCAAUAGUUCUUUUUUUGUAAUCAUCUUCGUAGGGACGUCAAGUAUAAUAUGUAUGAUUACCUAGAUCAGUCUGCUACAAUCCGUUCUGUAGGUAUGAUUUGCAGAGGAUUCCCAAGCCUGAAUCAACAACGGUAAUGGCUCUGGGCAUCCCAUUUUACU